AUGUAUACUCUCCUCACUCUCACCACCCUUCUUUCCGCUGCCUCAGCACUCGGCAUAAAUUGCCGAGGAUCAGGCUGGUGCAACAUCAACAGCGCCAGCUUGGACAAUGUCCUCACUAAAGCGAAACAACUACAAGCCCGCGGACAAGGAGAUCACCACUGGGGAGAGGGCGUUCAAAUUGCCUGCUCCGGCGGCCAAUGGGGAUCUAUCUGCGCCUUCUUCCAAAGCGGCGCUAGCGGCAACACGGAUCGGGCCGUCGAAUUGAUUCAGGGCAUUCUCGACCACGGUUGCACUCAGUGUGGUAGUAUUCCCACUGAAGAAGGCAAUAACGUUGAUAACGGACAGCUCACUGUCAACUAUGUUGAGAACCCUUGCUGCGAUGGCGACUGUUACUGCCCUAUCUAA